AUGGAGGCUGGCGUGACGGUCCUCCUAACCGUCAUGGUGGGGCUGUUUGGGCUGACGAGCGCCGUGCUGGGGUUCAUAGCCGAGGCCCAAAGUCUCACCCCGAGUGACAUCCACGUGUCGGGCAGCGAGUGCGUGUACCCGGCCAACCCCGCUCACGCGCUGGGGGUAUGCGCGAUCCUCCUGCUGGCGGUGGCCCAGAUCACCGCGUCGGCGGCCGGCGGCUGCUGCGGCUGCUGCAGGCCAGGUGGCGGGGCGUCCAAGUCCACCAGGCGAGUCGUGGGCGUCAUCGUCGCUAUGCUCUCAUGGAUAAUGGCCAUGAUCGCUGUGUUGUACUAUUGGAAAGGCGUGGAGUGGAACGCGCCGGGGACGCACCCCGCCGCCAUCGCCGGCGGCAACGAGGAGUGCGUCUACUUCAAGGACGGUGGCUUCACCAGGGCGGCGAUCCUGAGCAUCGUCGCCACCUCGCUCGCCAUCAAGUCCUGCUUCCUGCUCCGUGCUCCAGCUUCUACGCCUGAGGCGCUAGAAGGUGCCGACGAGCCCAAGGCCGACGGCCAGCAUCCACCGGAAGCCGGGGUCGCGGUCGGUCUGCCACAGUGGCCGGCUCCGGGGAACGGGCAUGCGCCAUACUCGCACCCUGCACAGGGCUAA